ACUACAUUGCCCAGGAUGCAAUGCAAGAGGUUUAGACCAGGAAAGAGAAGCAUGGUCCGCCGUAUAUAGAGCCGGGUAAAGCAUGAAGCUGUACUGCUUGUCUGGGCAUCCAACUUUACCAUGCAACGUACUCAAGUUCAAAUCUACCACCAUCAUGUUGGACUGUGGGCUUGAUAUGACCUCAGCUCUCAACUUUCUCCCACUGCCGUUGGCCCAGAGUCCAAGGCUAUCCAAGCUCCCAGGAUGGAUCUUAAAAGAUGGAAGCCUUUUCUUGGACAAGGAGCUGAAAGACUGUUCUGGACGUGUAUUUGUGGACUCUGUUCCUGAAUUUUGUUUGCCAGAGAUGGAACUGAUUGACCUGUCUACAGUGGAUGUGAUCCUGAUCUCCAAUUAUCACUGCAUGAUGGCCUUGCCCUACAUCACAGAACACACUGGGUUCACUGGAACUGUGUAUGCCACUGAGCCAACGGUGCAGAUUGGCAGGCUUCUUAUGGAGGAAUUGGUCAACUUUAUAGAGCGAGUGCCAAAGGCUCAGUCUGCCUCCUUGUGGAAGAAUAAGGAGGUGCAACGGAUGCUUCCUGCACCCCUCAAAGAUGCUGUUGAAGUUGCAACAUGGAAAAGAUGCUAUAACAUGCAGGAAGUUAACUCUGCACUCAGUAAGAUCCAGCUGGUGGGAUAUUCCCAGAAAAUUGAGCUUUUUGGUGCAGUACAAGUCUCUCCUCUCAGUUCUGGAUAUGCACUGGGCAGCUCCAAUUGGAUCAUCCAGUCACAUUAUGAGAAGGUUUCCUAUGUCUCAGGAUCCUCACUCCUUACAACACAUCCACAGCCCAUGGACCAGGCGUCUCUUAAGAACAGUGAUGUCCUCAUCCUGACUGGACUCACCCAGAUUCCCACCGCCAAUCCGGAUGGAAUGGUGGGCGAAUUCUGCAGUAACCUUGCUCUUACAGUUCGAAAUGGAGGGAACGUGCUGGUCCCUUGCUACCCCUCUGGAGUGAUCUAUGAUCUUUUGGAGUGUCUCUAUCAGUACAUUGAUUCUGCCGGACUUUCCAACAUUCUCUUCUACUUCAUUUCACCUGUGGCAAACAGCUCUCUUGAGUUUUCCCAGAUCUUCGCUGAAUGGUUAUGUCACAACAAGCAAACAAAAGUGUACCUACCAGAACCUCCCUUUCCUCAUGCAGAGCUCAUCCAGUCAAACAAACUGAAGCAUUACCCCAGCAUCCAUGGAGAUUUUAGUAACGACUUCAAGCAACCUUGUGUGGUAUUCACUGGUCAUCCCUCGCUUCGGUUUGGCGAUGUGGUGCAUUUUAUGGAACUGUGGGGGAAAUCCAGUCUCAACACCAUUAUAUUUACAGAGCCUGACUUCUCUUACCUGGAUGCAUUGGCCCCCUACCAGCCACUGGCCAUGAAGUGCAUCUAUUGUCCUAUAGACACCAGGCUGAAUUUUAUCCAGGUGUCCAAACUACUCAAAGAAGUACAGCCUCUCCAUGUGGUUUGUCCUGAGCAAUAUACUCAGCCUCCUCCAACCCAAUCCCAUCGCACAGAUUUGAUGGUUGACUGCUUGCCUCCACCCAUGUCCUACCGCAGAGCAGAGGUGCUAACUCUUCCAUUCAAACGCCGCUAUGAGAAGAUUGAAAUCACCCCAGAGCUUGCAGAUUCACUGGUACCCACCGAGAUGAAACCUGGUAUUUCCUUGGCAACUGUUAGUGCGGUUUUGCACACUAAAGACAACAAGCAUGUGCUCCAGCUCCCACCAAAACUUCCCCAGCCUCAGCCUGGCAAAAAGAGGAAGAGAAUAACGGAUGACAUGCCAGAACUCAAGCCAACCAAACCUCUCCUAAGUGGCUCUAUCCCAGUAGACCAACUGGUACAGACUCUGGAAAAGCACGGCUUCAGCGACAUCAAAGUGGAAGAUACCCCAAAAGGGCAUCUGGUGCUAUUCCAGGAUGUGGAAACUCUAAUCCGCAUUGAAGAAGAUUCAACGCACAUCAUGUGUGAGAAUGACGAGUCGCUUAGGGUGAAACUGCAGGACCUGGUCCUCAAAUUCCUGCAGAAAUUCUAGACUUUAUCCUGCCAAAGUUCACACGACCUGCUCUCCUUAGCCUUCUGAAGUGGGAGACGCCUAAACCAAGGAUUUGGGGUUACAAGGUGGGGGAGCAAGCUUGAAAACCAUGUCUGCAGUGGCACGCCUUUGAUUUGUGAGAGACGCAACACGUAGGCGUGCUAUUCUCUCUCCUGAAAGGAAGAUGAUAAGAACCCCUGUUUAUAGGAGCCAAAGUUAAGGAGACCUGAUUAAUUCUGUCUAGAUAUCUUGCUAUAAAAAUGUCCUUCUGUUUAUUAGCUGCAGGGUAAAAGCUGGGAUUUAGCUGAUAUUACAACUGCAGCAGAAUCCAGAACAGUGGAUGAACAGGCUUUCCUGCCAUCUGUUCUUUUUUUUUAUUAACUAAAAUUGGGGGAGAAAUAAAUGUUAAAGAUGUAUUUAGUUUCAAGUUUAAUUUUAUUUUUUAAAGUUUGUAAUACUGAAGUUCUUUAUACCGAUCUGAUACAGACCCAAAUAAAAUACAGACCUGCUUUGUUUUAACUGAUGGCUCAUCUUAAAUACACGAUAAACAUAAUGCUAAGAAAUUACUUCUUAGCUGAAGGUUAUUCAGAAGCUGCAUUGGACUUUCACAUGUAUGGAAGUAGCAUCAACGAUAGAACAAAUAUCCAAUUCCCCCAACCUCACCUCAGAUUUGAAAGCAUACUCUUAAUUUGUCUACUGUUCGUCAGAACUAAAACAAAAGACGAUAAUCAUCUAUCAGAUCUGGGAGCAAUGAAACUUUGUAGGAGUUCACCACUCCCCAUGCGAUUAGAGUUGUGGAAAAAGUGUUCUACUUAGUAUUCUACAAAUCUGAUGUCACUCAUGUAGUUGCUUCCAUAAUCUCAUGAAGCUUGUUUGACCAGUUCAGAUUAUGGAACACUUUUGUUGUCUUUAGAUUCAGAGAUCAAGCAAUAGCACUGAGACUUAUAUACCGCUUCACAGUGCUUGACAGCCCUUUCUAAGCAGUUUAUAGAGUCAGUGUAUUGCCCCCAACAAUCUGGGUCCUCAUUUUACCGACCUGAGAAGGAUGCAAGGCUGAAUCAACCUUGAGCCAGUGAGAAUCAAAUUGCUGGCAGUUGGCAGAAUUAGCCUACAAUACUGCAUUCUAACAACUGUGCCAUCACAGCCCUGAAAAUAAUCUCAUGUCAAGCUCUCCUGGCUCUUGAAUCAUGAACAUAAACAUGAUUUUUAUUUAAAAGUACAUUGGAACUUGCAUGGUAGUUGUAAGUUUUACCCUUAAGUAGUGUCCCACUUACGAUAGCAUGUGCUCCUAAGUAUACUUUCCUUUUCUGGUACAGCUGGUCAGGCAGAAAUAUUACUAUUAUACAAGACUAGUCGUAAUGCACAACUUUCUCCUAUUGCUUCCCCCCCCCCUUUUUUGGAGAAAAAGAGAAAGAAAUCCUUUAACAUUCACUUGGGGAAGGAGUUGUGAAUUGCAUUACUUCCUCUAUUCCUGGCCCAAUCAUGCAGAAAAUGAGUAUCUGGUCAGCUACAAUGAAAAGCUUAGUUAAAUGAUCAAAGGAAAGAGCAGUUGCUGCUUGUCGAGGUUCCAUUGUCACAAUUUGGCCCCAGGGUAGCUAUUUAAGACCUGCUAAUCUUCUCCUUUUCAUUCCUGAACAGACUCUGCAUAAUAUACCAUUUUUCCCUCUCCUUCCUUGCUUCUUGAAAGGGCAAAUUUUGGCUUAUCUGCGAAUACUACUAAGCACUAGUUUUAUUAUUGACCCCAAAUGAAAGAGACUUGAGGGAUUUUUCCCAUCAUUAUCCACCCCACCCCACCCCAGGCUAUGAUACAGCCUCGGCACACUUUAUGUCAAAGUACUGUAAAGCCCACAGAGAGAGGUUUGACUGCCUGUGGCUGAGACAUGACAACUGCUUUACAGAGCAUGAGAAAGAAAAGCUAUUAUCGCUUAUAACAGUUGGUGAUGCAGGUUACAUGCCCAUCACAUUUAUGUUAAAUUGAAAUAACACAGAUGCAAACAAAUUGGAACAGCAAGGGGCCAGAGAUCUCCCCUACCGAGAAACAAUGCACAAAAGCCAAUGUCUGAAAUCAGGAACGUAUUUCCCACUGGGGACCACAGCAAGUCUGCAAUUACUUAGUAAACACAGCGGAGAAUGAAUAAACAAGAGGCACAAAAUGAAAAGGCUUCAGCACCAGCUCUGUUGCCCACCCCACCUGCCCUCUUACUGUAUCUUGCUGGGUUUUGCAAUUUUCCUCCCAUAUUGUCUUUAAAAACUAUAGUCCAUCAAUGGGCAAUUCCUUCAAGUUUGGCAGAUGGAUGUCAGCCCUCCCCCAAAUUGGGGUGAGGUCUUUUUUCUUUUCAUUCUCCCAGUUCCAUUAAACUGUAAUCGUUUCCUCAUCUUGGGAAAGCAGACCUGGUUUUAGUUUUUAGUGGUAUUAAUAAAAAAACAACACCGAUGAAAGGAAAAUUCAAUAGGCAGCAGUACGAGGAUCCUAGGAUUUUACUCAGUGGCUAGAAAAGGACAAAAAAUAUACAACAUCUGAAUAGCAGACAUUGUUUUCUGUAUAAACAAUUUUUAAAAAAACCCCACCUAACCCUUAUGUGAAUGCAGAUGGGGCUAGGGUUAGGGGUGGAUUCUGAAUAAGACAACUAAUGUUUGGACAUGGAAUUGGUUGC